AAGAGAUCUUUAAUUGGCUACUUUAUUUUACUGUCAUGCUGGCCUCGGGCUGUUGAGAUCCUGGUGGACAGCAGAACAGCCUUAAAAAUCUGCCUGAAAUGGCCCUUGGAUAUUUUCCAGUGGUGCCCCUUUUACUCUUACUGGAAUCUGCCAAGAUUACUGGAGAAACCACAAGCCAGGUCACAACUUCUCCUCCAACAAGUAUGUCCACAUCAGAGCCACGUAAUUUCACAUCCGUGCCUGACACCACUGGUGGCAUGAAAACUACCCCACCAGCACUGAAGAGCACAGAGUUCCUCCCCUCUUCCGUGGCUCUUCUCCCUGACACGACCAGUCCGUGGAGCACCGUUGGAGAAAAAAGUCUCCCUGGAGGAGCCACAACGCUGCUCUCCUCUUCCUCACCUGAAGGGUCCACUCCUGCUGGCACCUCAGAUGUCACUGCGUCUUCUUCAUCCCUUGCAAUGACCUUCAUCUCCAGCACUGCUUUUGGGGGUCCUUCCAAAGAAGGGACCACUCAACCAACAGAGUCAACCAUGCUCAUCAUCAGCUCCACCACAGAGGACACCAUCUCCAUCCCUCAUUCUCCAACUCCCCAAGACAAGAUGACAUCUGAAGAUGUAUCCACCACCAUCUCCACCACGUCACAAGCAGAAACCACGAGUGAGAAACAUGCUAGUUCUCCUCCUACCACAACUGAGACAAUGACAAUCUCCCCCUCAUCGGUUCCCCUUCCUACUUCAUCAUUAGCGACCUCCACACUUCUGAGUGCCACUUCU